AUGUUGCAAGCUCUGGGACUCAGACGUUUACAAUGCUCGACCCGACAUUACUCGACCGUUCUCCCUGACGGUGCGCUAGCCGCCCGAACGGCGUCAACGCCCUUGGCCGUCAGACUCCGCCGGAGGAAAAAGUUGGGCGAGCUUGGAGCCAGUGGGACGGACGCCAGCGAGACUGGGUUGACCCCGACGGAAGUCUCGAGGUACAACCGGCUUCGGGCUCUGGGUGAAAUCCCCACAGUCAACGGGGAACCCAUGUCUGCUGAACAGUGGAUCCAAUAUGUCAACGAGCGCCGUUCAAGGAUACGUGGUUUCAAGGAAGUCGAGAAGGAGGAUGGUAGCAAGCUCGUCAAGGCUGUCGGUCAACGUGUAUACCUUCCAAACGUCAUCUUCAAGCUCGUCAGGAAUCAUACCCCAACAGGCGAACCCUACAAUCCCUACGAAGCCACUUUCCGUAUUCCCAAGUCUAUCACCAAAACCGAUAUUCGUUCCUACCUCGCUACCGUCUAUGGCGUGCAGACCACCUACAUCCGGACGGACAACUACUACGCCCCCACCCCCCUCCCCGGACGAGAUACAAAAAAGCACAAAUCGUAUAAACGAGCUGUGGUCGGACUAGUCGACCCCUUCUACUACCCUCACCGACUCGAAGAUAUGCCGGCCGAGAAGAAGGCGGAGCGGGAGAAAUGGAUUCAAACCGAGUUCGCCAUCGACACGAUCGACAAGGCCCGCAGGGAAGAGAUGUUGCGCCAGACCAUUGGCCAUGGUUCUGCUGCCUUCAGGUUCAACCCGGAGAAUGCUACCAGGCGGUCACAUAUCUUGCGAAAGGUCGCCGAAAGGAAGGCACAGAGGGAGGAACUUAUUGGCAAGAUUGCUCAGGAAAUCAGAGAGAAGCGGGAGGCGGGCGAGCCUGUGUCGUACGAGGCGUUGGCAACCAAGUCGUCGGUGCCAGCCAAGGACUCUUCGUCGUCGUCGUAA